UUUUUUUUUGUGACAACCAACACACUUUUUUUAGAAACUUUGAAAAUACUUGAUUUGGCAACAUAUGUAUAAGGAUCUACAUCUAACCACAUAGACAAUGACAAUUGAUAGAUCUUAUGCUGCUACUCCUGAGCUAGCCGCUGGAAGCAGUGGUGGGUUGUCGGAAGAAUCAUUAGCUAUGUUUUUCGAUCCUGACUUUAAUCCAUCUAAUUAUAUUGAUAAAUUAUUUCAAAAUAUAACAACGUCAUCAACAGCAUCUAAUUAUUCAAAGAAUUCAUUAUCACAAUUAUCCAAUAGUAUUCUGAAUCUAACCACUCAUUUGGAUUAUUAUACUAAUGAGUUAUCUAGUCAAAGUUUAACUUUGAAAUUAGAUACUUUAAAUAAUUCAAAUUCUUUAAUUAUACCUAAAGAAUUAGAAAGUCAUAAUAAUCAUAUAUCAUCAAGUACCAAAGGAAAUCAAGAGUUAACCAGAUUGAAAUACUACAUUAACGUAUUGAAUAAUUCCAUAAUAUCCUUACAAACUGAUUUAAACUCCAUCAAUCAAGAUUUGAAUGAAAAACCAACCAUCAAUUCAGAAGCUAAUGAUGAUAUAAUAAAUAGUUUAGUAACAUUAAAACUCAUCAAAUCAAAUCUUGUCAACGUGUUGAAAUUAUUUGAAUUCUUAAAUAAUGCAUUGAUUCAAAGUUAUAAUAGUUUAUCAACUACUAUCACUCCUACAUCCGUUGAUCAACAGCAUAAUUUCUCGGUUGAUGAAUUUCAAAAUAUUUUAAAUAAUUUAUUAGAUACUUUGAAACUACAAUUAAUCCAAACCAGUAAUGAUCCAAAUAAAUUCAAUGACGUGGUGAGUUAUAUUAAUAAAUUGAUUAAUCUUGGAUCAAUGUUUAAUAAUUUAACUAAAUUCAAUCUUCCAUUUAGAAAGUUCAUUAAUAGUUUAUCUUCCGAAUUGGAAAAGUAUCAUGCUAAUUAGUUCUGGAUAGCUUACAUUCAUGGUAUUUGACUUCAUUAAUUGACGUUAAAGAUUCCUAUUUGCAUAAUUAUAAUAAAAGUAAUAUACAAGGGUUUAUUUUUUUUUUGGCUGAUAGUGUUUUUUUUUGUAGAAUUAGAGGUCACCACUUUCUAAAUUAGCUAAUCUUUUAGCUUCUUCUUGUUGUUGUAAUUGUAAUUGUCUUUGUUUCGAUAAGUUCUUAUUCAUGAUUUCUA